UGUAGGAGCUGCCUGAUGAAGCUGCAGCUCAGCAGCUCUCAGUGGAUGGAUCAAACAGACAUGCUGCUCUGGUUCUGCUGCCUUCUGUCGUUUGUGGUCGUCUCCUUUCAGACAGAGGGGAACCAGAAUGGGAACCAGAAUCAGACCCAGAAUCUGCUGAACGUGACUCUGAAUGAAACUCUGCAGGAACACUCCACCUUCUCUGGCUGGUUUGGUUUCAGGGAUAUUGCCGGCAUGCGCGCCUUCCCUGCUGAGAUGGACAUGGAGACCAGGAUCAUCGGGGGCCAAGAGGCCUGGGCCCACUCUUGGCCCUGGCAGGUCUCCCUUCAGUUCUCCUCCAUGCCGGCAUGUGGCGGUGCCAUCAUUGGGCCACAGUGGGUCAUCUCAGCUGCCCACUGCUUCAAAAGAUUUAACAAAGAAUCUCUAUGGAAGGUUCUGGCAGGAAAACAUGACCUGGAUAAGCCUGAAGAAUCAGGAGAGCAGCUGGUGGGUAUUUCUCGGAUCAUCAGCCACCAAGAGUAUGACACCAAAACCAAAGAGAGUGACAUAGCCCUGCUGAAGCUGGAGCAUCCUUUGGUUUUUAACGAGUUCGUCAGACCUAUCGACAUCUGGAUGAGCCCACUGCCCGAGACCAUGAAGUGCACCAUCACCGGCUGGGGGUCUACAAGAGAAAAUGGUCCCCGAGUUAACAGACUGCAAGAGGUGAACGUCAGCCUCCUGGCGUUGGAUGAUUGUAAUGAGUACUACAAGGGCAGAGUCCACUCGUCCAUGUUCUGUGCCGGGAAGGAUGAAGGCGGAGUGGAUGCAUGUCAGGGGGACUCUGGAGGUCCGCUGUCCUGCUUCAAUGGAACCAGACACGAGUUGGCAGGUCUGGUUAGUUGGGGAGUUGGCUGCGGUCGAGCAAAGAAACCAGGAGUCUACACCAAAGUCCAGCAGCAUGUUCAGUGGAUCACUGAUGCAAUGAAUGAUGAAAACGAGCUGUUGGAUGAUGUUCUUUCCCAGGAGGAGGAGAGGUGUGGCAGGCAGCGGACCUCCAGAUGUAACCAGGCUCCAGCCACCGCUUGGAUCUCUGUCUCACAGAAAGGGAAGGUCCGUGUGGAGAAUGUGACUGAGGCUUGCCCUUCCUUCUGGCCAUGGAUGGUCAGCCUGCAGUCCAACGGUCAGCACUACUGCAGCGGAGUUCUGAUCCACCACCGCUGGGUGGUCACAGCGAAACACUGCAGCGUCAGUGCCAAAGAAGAUGUAGCUGUCCUUGGAGUCCAUGGUUUGGGUAAGAAGUCAAGCCAAACCAUCCUGGUGGACGAGGUCUUCAGCCCCAUGCAUGGAGCCGGCUUCCCUCCUCAGGCAGACCUGUCGCUGCUCCGCCUCAGUGUCUCGGCCAGAUAUGGUCCAAAAGUGUCUCCAAUAUGUGUCCCUGAGGAAGACGAGGAACUGGAUGAAAGCUGGUCCUGUUUCACAGCGGGAUGGGGAAGAACUGAAGCAACAGAGAACAUAAAUCCCAGUUAUCUGCAUCAUGCUGCGCUGACCUUGGUCAACCAAACUACCUGCUUUCAGAAGUGGGGAGACUUCAUCGGCGAAGAUCACAUCUGUUCAGAUCCUGCAGGCUCAGCUUCAUGCAUGGGAGACUCUGGAGCUCCUCUUUUCUGUCGGAAGCAUGGCGCCUACUUCCUGUUCGGCGUGGUCACAUGGGGCAGCUUACGGUGCAAAGCAGACAAACCGGCCAUCUUUACUGGACUCCCAGACUACCGGUCGUGGAUCGACGACGUGACGGAGCAAUAAAACUUAUUGUCAGUCAAACCCUGAAACAUUUUUUA